AUGCCAACCAGUGCGGGAACGCGCUUGGAUGCGUGCAGAGAGGAGCCGGCGCGCGGGGGCCCGGACGCGAUCCGCUUCGUGCACGCGCCCGCCGAGGCCACGGGCCUCCCGGGGGGGUCUUUCGACAUGGUGUCGAUGUGUCUGACUGCGCACGAACUCCCCCAGGCGGCGACGCAGGCCAUCUGCCGCGAGGCGCUGCGCCUCCUGCGGCCCGGCGGCGUCUUCGCGAUCAUGGACAUGGAUCCGGAGGCCCCCGAGUUCCGUCGCAUUCUCGACAAUGUGUUUGCGUACACGGCGUUCCGGUCGACCGAGCCCUGGCUCGGGGAUUACGCCACGCUCGACGUGCACGCGAGCUUGCGCGACGCCGGCUUCGCGCGCACGAUGCAGCGCGCGUGCAGCCCGAAGCACCGCGCGAUCGUCGGCAUCAAGGACGCUGCGUGA